AUGCCAUCGAAGGCUAACGCACACCGUCUACUGGUGGUUUCCUGCGGAACUAUGGUGCUACUGUUUCUAACACUGCUCUCCAUAUCGGGUGCUAGUGGAUCACUCCAGUACGUGGAAAGCGCCUCGCAACGAAAAGCACACUACUGUGGAGCAAAGCUGAGCGAUACGUUGGCUGAACUAUGCAACAGAUUUAAUGGACUCCGCAAGAGAUCUGACAAUUUCUUGGUGCCUUACCAUGAGGCACGGCUGCUGGAUGAUGUUCAGAAUGAUAUGGAAGAGCUACGUACUCUGCAAGAUCGUUCGUCCAAUAUGAUCCACCAGGCGCUGGUGACGCUCCAGCACCUCAACUCUCACGGACAGAACUUCCGCCGUGUACGGCGUCAGGUGGUGGCCGAAUGUUGCUACCAGAGCUGUACGCUCGACACGCUGAAAAGCUACUGUGCCGAUUAA